AUCCUGUGGUUCAAAUGAAGGGAAGAAGCACUAAGAAGGGACAAAACACAAUACGGUAGAACUAAAGACGCACUUGCAAUCAGAUUAGGAGAGCAGGCGACUAGCAAGAAAUGAAUCAUCGUGUGUAAUCCUCGCAGCCUGAAAUCACUGUGAAUUCAAAUGCUCAUGCUGCCCUCAUUGUCCUGUGCUGUGGAGUGGAAUUAUAACGUCUUCCAGUUACACCUGCCAAUGGCAAUGCAACAUUAAAGGUAAACAGUGACCCCUGUGCUUUGCUAGCGGAACUGCAGCUGAGUUGACUGCAACACUUUAUCGUGCGCAUGUGUGCUGCAACCCUAUCUGAGCGGGCUGCUUUCUGAAUGGAAUGGCAUUUAGAUGUCACCGGGGAAGAGAUGCAACAGCCUGAGAAUAUCUGCUUGUUUUUCAGUUAGACAUGUCAGAACAAACUGUUCAAACAAACAGAACAUCACAUAAGCAGUUGUCCAAUUCUGAUUACACAUGGGAAUAUGAAUACUACGAAUAUGCGCCUGUUUCAUUUGAAGGAUUAAAAGCUCAUAAAUACUCGAUUGUGAUUGGAUUCUGGGUUGGGCUUGCGGUCUUCGUCAUAUUCAUGUUCUUUGUUUUGACUUUGUUGGCCAAGACAGGAGCCCCUCACCAAGAAACUGUUGAUUCACUAGAAAAACAAUUCAGAAUGGACAGCUUUGUCGCUGACUUUGGAAGGCCCACUGAAGCGGACACUGACAGAAUUUUCUCUCGCAAUAUAACAGAGGAAUCAAGGUCUCUCUUCCAUUGCUACAUAAAUGAAGUUGAGCAGCCAGAGAGAAUAAAGAACAGGAACAUAGCCACGGACAGUGGAAUUAUCAUCCAGCAAACCAUUAGGAAUUCUAAGGUAGAAGAAGAUAUUCAUGGUCUUGCAAAGUUCAACAUACCUAACUUUGUAAACACCGACCAGAGUUCUUCUAUUGAAGAUGAAGACCUUCUAUUAUAUGACCCACCAAUGAAUUUGGAAAACAAAGCAGCCCAUCCACGUUUGUGUGACUUUCUGAACUGAUUGAAUACCAAGCAAACUGGCGCUCUGAUUUGAGCUAAACAUUUACUAGUGAAUGCAGUGCCCUUUGGCCAAUCAUGGAUUUUGCUUGUUUGACACUUCAAAUAUAUCAAAAGAAAUGCCCUGUGUGCAUAAACGACUGCCUGGUGGGCACUACUGUUGCUAGUAAUGUUUUAAUAAUGUUUUUUAACAUUUUAAAAAUGUUAAAUAAUUUACUGAAAUUCAAGUCGAUGGAAGGACAAGGUUUGGAUAGUAAGGCAGAAAACUGAUGUAAAUGGUGCUUUAAAUGAAACUUACAUAGGGCCAAGUAAUGCUGCACUUCUAUGUAAUUAUGUCAUUGAAUAGAUCCAUACCGGAAAGAAACUGAAUGGCCCAUCUGUGUUCAAGUCUUUUAUGACAGACACAGUGAGGCCCCUGCGUUUAAUGACAGGGACAGUGUGCCCACCCCCCCAGCAUUUAAUGACAGUUGAAGUAUCCAGCCCCCAGUGUUUUAUGUAACCCAUAGCAACCAAUCAGUGAUUAGUUUUUUUUCAGCUGCAGGUUGAACGCUGAAAGCAAUCAUCUGAUUGGUUGCUGUGGGUUACUGCCCAGGGGCAAAUUUGCUCAGUGUAGGCCUAAACAUUUCAGGCACAGUAGGGGUCAUUUAUCAACACUGGGCAAAUUUGCCCAUGGGCAGUAACCCAUGGCAACCAAUCAC